AUGGAUAUCGAUUUAAAACAAGUGUUUUCAAUUCUUGACGAAAACGACGAAGGUCAAAUUCAAUUACGUCGUUUUGUUGACGUUGCUAAUAAUUAUUAUUCAGACGCUGAACAACUUGCUCGUAUUACAAAAGCCUUAGAUCCAAAUAAUACUGGUUUAAUUAAUUUUGAACAAUUUUGUGACGGUAUUUCUCAAAUCAGUUCAUUACAAGGAUUAACAUUAAAAGAAGUUGCAUCCGAUUUAACACGUCGUAGUCGAGAAAAUUCAUUAGUUGAAGAUUCAGAUCGACGAAGUUUGAGAACACAUGGAUUCAAUUUUCCUCCACUAUCUUCUUGGUCUAGUCUUAUACAAGAAGAGAAUCAAGACGGUAGUACAACGACUUUUAACGAAUACGACGUUGAAAGUGAAGAACUUUUUCAUCAUAAAUCAAAUACAACUAAUGUUCGAACACCUACAUUAACAAAUAAUACAACGAAUACGAAAAAAAUUACUAAUCAUAAUCAGAACAGUAAUCGAAAUAAUUCAUCACUCUCACCAAGAUUGGAUUCUCCAUUUUACGGUGACGACGAAGAAUUUACUGGUGUAGCAGAACCAAAUCCUAAUACUUAUCCAUCGGAUACAGUCUAUCUACGAACACCAUCACAACGUACUGGUCAUCCAUUAAAACGAAGUAGUUAUUUACAAUCAGUUCUACCAACAGAACAAGCUGAACAACAAUUACAAGAAACAGUUGACGAAUUACAAAAAAAACUUGAUACUUUAUCAGAACAAAAACAAACAACAACUGACCGUUUAGCAAAAAUUCAAAGUGAAAAUACUGAUUUAAAAAGCAGACUUCUAGCACUUGAAGAUCGUUUUCACGAUCUUGAAGGACAUCACACACGUACAGCACAAAGUGAACAACAACGAUACGCAGAAUAUAUUAAUCAAAAAGAUCGAAGUUUUUUGCAAGAAAAAGAAGUUUUACAAUCAAGGAUUAAUGUAAUUGAAUCUGAACUUAAACAAACACAAAGUAUAAAUGGAUCAAUGAAAAAAGAUGUUAAAGAAUUAAAACAGAAACUUGACGAUGUUGAUUAUCAAUUACGUGAUAGUCAAAUUCGAUGUAAUAAUCUUGCAGAUGAUAAUGAAAAAUUAUUAGAACAAAUACGUCAUCAAAAUGCAGAACUUGAAGCAGAAAAAUUGAAUAAUGCACAAUUGGCUGAACAAUUAUCACAUACUCCACUCGGUCGCACAUAUACUCGAACAGGAAGUAUUUUAAAAGCAUCGGAAACACGUCUAGAAAAUCUUUUUGCCGAACUUCAAGAAUUGAAAUUAGAAAAUGAAACACUUAAACGAGAAAAUAGAGAAUUACGAGAACAUCCUGUUGUAGCAGGUUUUCACGAAGGCCGACAUUUAUUGGCUAAUCCAGAUACACCAUCAUUUGCUGCUGAACUUGAAGUUCUUUCCAAAGAUGAGUUAAUGAACAAAGUAAGAGAACAAUAUUCGAUUAAUGAUCGAUUACGUGAAUAUAUUGAACGAAUGUUAACUGUUAUCAUCGAAAAUAAUCCUCAAUUACUUGAAAUUACAACUAGUAGUGGUGUAUCUAUUGGUUCUAUGGGAAUGUCACCAAUGAAUUAUCAACAACAAUCAUCAUCGAUAACAACAAAUAAUAAAUCUGUUACCCCACAAAAUUUACAAUCAAAUGAGUCGAUAAAAAAUGAUUCAAUAAAAAAUGAUUCAGUUUCAAAAUUAACAACAAUUAAAGAACAACCUGCAGACAAUCUUGGUAAAAAGGCUGUAGAAAAAGCCUAUGAUCUUGCAUCAAAAGUUGAAGGUGGUCGUGAUUAUUUGACAAAUGCAGCUAAUACAGUUAAUUCCCUCGUCAAAGGCAAAGAUGCUCGUGUUUAUUUAAAACCAGGUAAUGUUAUACAAUUUAUAUCUCGAGGAUCUGGUCGUUCAUUACAAAUUGUUGUUUCAAAAGACACAAAUGAAUUAAUAUGUGAUGCUAUUGGUGGUACUGGUCCAUAUUUUCCUAAUGCAAAUUGGCUUGUUGUUUGUGGUCAACAUAGUCGAUAUUAUUUUCAUAAUAAUUAUAAUUAUCUUGGCAUUCGAAAUGGUAAAAUUGUUAUUAUACCAUCAUCAUCAAAUGAAAAACCACCAAAUGAAGCAGAAUUUCGUGUACAAGAUGUUUUAGGUUCAGCUCAAGCUAUUUAUAUUGAAUCAGUACAUGUACCAGGAUAUUUUCUUAGUUUUGAUGAGGAUGGUGUGGCUGGUGAUGGAAUUAAAACAACAACAAAAGAAAAAUUUUUUCAAUUCGAACUCCAUUUGAUUGCUUACGGACCUGGUAUUCAACCUGAAAAAAAUGAUAAUACAAUUGAAACAUCAGAAGAAGCAUCACCACCACCUUAUUGGUCUGUAUCAGCAUCACAAAAACAACAACAACAAUCUCAAACUGGAUAUAAUGCUAGUUCAACAUCAUCAUAG